UUGACUAAAUCAAAUACAACAACAAUGCUUCACUAUCUUAACAUAUCUGCUUACAACAUGCUCUAAGACAGAUGUUAAAUAUACAAUCUACUUUUUAUGAUUACCUCCUUUCUCACUAGAAUAUCUCCUUUAUUAGACCAGCAUAUACAUAUACAACAGCAUACAGUAUUUCUUUUCAAAGCUUUAAGCCCACAGGAACUGACUAUUGUUUUUAGGUUUCGGGGGGAAAGACUUCUGAGACUGGACAUGACAAGAGAGUGUGAGAUUGCACUGCCCUUAAAGAUCUGUGCACUUCCUGCAUGUCUUCUUGUGUAUGUGUGCUACAUUUGGUUCAACAGGACUGUUGAACUACAAUAGACUUAAAUACAAGAUCGCAUUUUUAACAGCAGAACUCAAAAUGCAAAACAUGCUAAAUCACAUGAAGACAACACAAAUGAGCCAUUUGAUCAUGGUAGUAGAAUGUCCAUCAGUACGUACUGUAUAUAUUGCACAUGACUAGGCUGAUAGGUCUCUGAGGAUAUGGCAUCUGUAAACAUUGUGGAGCUCUUAACAUCUUGCAGGUAGUGUUCUUGUUUACAGUCUGCUCUGGGCAUGAUCCAUCUUUGUUUUUCCACAUGGCCGAGUCGUUCUAGCGACAGUUCUCAGAAGUUCUGGAAGCCAGUGGAAAAUGUGCCAUCUCACAGAGUCGUGAGACUUCGCACGAACAGGCCUCCAGAGGUUGCUGGAAAUUAACCAUAAUGUCAAUUCAAGGUAAACAAUGUCAUAUGAAGGUCUCGGUCAAACUAUAAUAAUAUCUUGCUAAUUCUUAAUUUGAUGGCCACACUAUUGAACUAGGACUGAGCUAUGGUACACUUAUGAUGAGAAUAACAUUUUAUGUAAUUAUCUGUACUUCGAUAUUUGUGUCAGUUUCUGUCAAAACACAUCAUUUCCCCCUAAAUUUCAAUACACGUUACCUGUUACAUAUAUUUGCACUACCGCUCAAAUGUUUGGGGUCAGUAUGUUGUUUUAGAGGGAAAAAAAAAUGUAUUCAGCAAGGAUGCAUUAAAUUGAUCAAGAGUGACAGUAAAGAUAUUUAUAAUGUUUCAAAAGAUUCCUAUUUCAAAUAAAUGCUGUACUUUUAAACAACUAUUUUUGAUCAAACAUGAUAAAUGCAGUAAAAGAGACUUACGCUUAUGAUGUAAACAGUAUAUAAAUGAAAACACAUUAAAAACACAUAAUAAAUACAUUAAUAAACACAUUUUCCAUAUUAACAAAACAACCUUAGAGAACAGUCAAGAGUCCUAUGUGGCCAUGCCCAUGACCUCAUUCAACUAGUGAGUGUCUUUCUCGUAAUCGAGAGCUACAUUUAGCACCCAAAACCAGCCACUUCACACAAAUGCACGGCACAGGCCCCCUUUAAUGACCACACUUUAAUGUUUGGAGACCAUUUUCCCUCUAUUUACUCCUGAGAGUCCAAAGCUCAGGUGGUGCCCAGUGACCAGGCAACUGAGUGGAUGGAUAAAAGGAGCAGCCUGAACUCAUGCAAGUCGUCGCUGGGAUGACAAUCCGGAUUCAAGACACUGAAAACAAAAUGAAGAGAUUUUAAAAAAUAGUGACUUGUGCCUGAUAAGACUCACAACGUUAUCUAAAGACUGAGAACAUGAGUGAGGAUCUGUAAUAUUGUAUUGUUUUACAACAGACCGGCAGUAGUAAUGGAAGUCUUGUAUGGUUAUGGGAUCAGCAGUACGUUCUACCUGCAGACGCAUUAUGGACAUGCCCAAAGCUGGUUUACCUUUGUGUCUACAGUGGCAGACCUGCGUACAACAUUUUUAUUCUUUUUUCCCAUCUGGUUCCACCUACAGUCAGCAGUGGGAGUGAAGCUGGUCUGGGUUGCUGUUGUGGGAGACUGGCUCAACUUAGUCCUCAAGUGGCUUAUGUUUGGCGAGCGUCCUUAUUGGUGGGUUAAAGAAACUGUUUAUUAUGGCAACUUGACUGUACCACAAAUCAGUCAGUUCCCCAUGACCUGCGAGACUGGCCCUGGUGAGCGUCUCCUUGUGUUUCUCUUGUAUUUAUAUAGACUAAAUCGGAAGCAGAUUUCACAGCAGUUUCUGUCCGAUCUUCUAGGAAGUCCCUCCGGUCAUGCGAUGGGAGCUGCAGGGGUUUACUAUGCCAUGGUCACGUCACUGCUGACGAUUAUGCAGGGAUGUGACCCCCUAAAAAGAUGGUGCUUUCAGGGUCUUCUUUGGGCCCUUUUCUGGGGUGUGCAGGUUUGUGUCAGUCUUUCUCGAGUCUUCAUUGCAGCCCAUUUCCCACAUCAGGUCAUUGCUGGAGUUGUCUCGGGAAUCGCUGUAGCCAAGGCUUUUAAUAGAGUGUCCUGGAUCUAUUCAGCAAGCUUGAAGAGUUAUGUGCACACCAUCCUCUGUCUUGUGUUCAUUGCACUGGGACUUUAUGCACUGUUGGAUGCUUCUUCAAUAGACCCCUACUGGAGUCUAGUGAAGGCACAGAAGUGGUGCAAUCAGCCUGAAUGGGUCCAUCUGGACACCACACCCUUCGCUGGCCUCCUCCGCAACACCGGGGCCCUGUUCGGCCUAGGGCUGAGCCUCCAUUUGCCUAUUCAAGGUGAUCUGGAUAAAAAUAAGAGCUGUGGGAACAGGGCCAUUUACAGACUGACCUGUACAGCAGCAACACUCCCCCUCCUGAGCCUUUUAGACUCAUUCAGACCUCCCACAAGCACUCAUGCACUCUUCUAUGCACUUUCUUUCUGUAAGAGCGCCACUGUGCCUCUGACCACAAUAAGUUUUGUACCUUACUGCAUAAGCACAUUAGCAAAUGUAUACCACAGAAUGAAAGCAUAUUAAACUCAGAAAACACAUUAUGGGAUUGUAUUUUUGGCAAUUAAGUCUGUAUUUACUAUUUUCCUCUCAUUGUCUGUUUUGAAAUAUUUAAAAGUAUUUAUUAUUUUAGAAAACCAAAGAUUACUUUAUAUGUUUUGAUUUUUUAAUUUGUGCAAAUUGAGACAUGCAGAGAUAUCGUCCGGAUUAUCCAAUGCUUUAUGUGUAUAUAUAUAUGUAAAAUAUUAUUUAAUAUAUUAAAUAGUUUAGAUGUCACAAUGGAAAGAGAUCAAAGAGCUAUAUCUGAUUAACUAUAUAGUUUUCAGUCAAAAUGUGCGUAUGAUAUAGUAUAUUAUAUAAUAUUUGCUGGCCAACACUAGUCAAGUCAAGUCAACUUUAUUU